CAAUGCAUAGAAUGAUAAGAAGAAGAGAGGAAGACAAAUUGUGAGAGGUUGUAAUUUGUGAAGCCCACAGACAGACAUACAUACAUCCUUUCCUCCUGCCUGCUUCCUCUCCUAUCAUCCUGUGGAUGGAGUUGGAGUUGGAGUUGGAGUUGGAGUCGGAGUUGGAGUUUGGAGUUGGGAGCUGAGAGUUAUCUACACUACAACAGAGCAACUGUGGGAACAAGAAUGAUUGUUAUUAUCAUUCAAACUUCAAAUCCCUCCCUCCCUCUCUCUUAACUGUAACUCCCUUUUCGCCUCUCUUUUCUUUUCCUCCACAGAAGCCCUUCCACUCCACAAUGCUACCCAGGUCCGACGCCCCCGUUUGGAUGGACGCUCAAGAAGACGAAGCUGUUUCAUGGCCUCCCCGUACCAACACCCACCCCCCCUCCACUGAUGAUGAUGAUGAAUUCAUUAUCAACUCCUCUGCCUCUCUCUCCUCCUUCAGGUCCAUGCUAGAGCCCGAUUCUUUCGUUAACAAUGCCAUCACCACUCCCAAUCCAUUCUAUCACUCUGAAUUCACCACCCUUCUCUUUAAUCCCUUAGACAACCACUCUUCUCCCUCUCAUCCCCACCUCUUCCCUCUAGACCCCUCUUCACACCACAUCCCCUCUCUUUUCCCCCCCAAAUCUCUCCUCUCUUCUUUCUUCAACAACAAUUUCGACAAUGCUUUUGAUUUGGGCUGCGAUCCUACUUUCUUCCCUCCCCAAGACUCCACUUCCCCUCCUAUUUUCAUGGGUUUUAAUUCCCAAUUCCAACCCACUUCCCACUUCCCACCCUCCUCCCGGAUGCUUCCCUUUUCCCAAGAUAACUCCUCCUCCGCCGCCGCCAUUGGGGGCACAGGCGCUUCUAAUCCAUUCAGUUUCGAGGAUUUCGACGCUGGCGCCAUUUUUCCUAACAGGUCUAAAGUGUUGAGACCUCUUGAAGUUUUGCCGCCCCUAGGAGCUGAGCCCACUCUGUUUCAGAAGAGAGCAGCCUUGCGACAGAGUUCCGGAUUGCAGACUUUCGGGACUCUGAGCUCGAGAAGCGAUGAGGGUUUGACGAGUCUCGAUGAUACUGGAGGAAUGGACUUGGGAAAGAAGAGAAAGAGGAAACAUGAGGAUGAAGUGGAGGAUAUGGGUGCUGAUAUUUCAACCAUGAAUUAUGAUUCCGACGACCCAACUGAGAAAUUAGGUGACGGAAAUGCUGAUAACGGUGGAGAUAAUUCGAACGCGAAUAGCAGUAUAACGGUUGGAGAUCGGAAGGGGAAGAAGAAGGGGAUGCCGGCCAAAAACUUAAUGGCGGAGAGGCGCCGGAGGAAGAAGCUCAACGAUAGACUAUACAUGCUUAGAUCCGUUGUACCCAAAAUCAGCAAGAUGGAUCGAGCUUCAAUACUUGGGGAUGCCAUUGAUUAUCUAAAAGAGCUUCUGCAACGCAUAAAUGAUCUCCACAAUGAACUUGAAACUAACCCACCAGGAUCGGUAAUGCAGCCAACGACAAGCUUCCAUCCCUUGACACCGACCCCUCCUACUCUCCCUUAUCGUGUUAAGGAAGAACUCUGUGCAAGCUCAACCCCCCCCAAGAACCAGCCUGCAAAGGUCGAAGUAAGGUUGAGAGAAGGGAGGGCUGUAAAUAUACACAUGUUCUGUGCCCGUAGACCAGGUCUCUUGCUGUCCACUAUGAGGGCUCUGGACAACCUUGGACUGGACAUUCAGCAAGCUGUCAUAAGCUGUUUUAACGGCUUUGCUUUGGAUGUUUUCCGUGCAGAGCAAUGCAGAGAAGGUGAGGAGGUUCUGCCGGAGCAGAUCAAAGCAGCACUUCUGGAUUCUGCUGGGUUUCAUGGUGUUAUAUAGGUUUAAUCUUGUUUUCUAAACAGACAUCCAAAUGAUCUGCUGUGCAGCAUCGCUAGAUCUUGAGUAGGUUGGACCGGAGUGGAGUGCACCACCACGUCAUGAAUUGGACUUCUUCUCAAGGACCAACGUGGUGUUAUCAGAAGUUUGUCAAUCUUGAUUGUUGGAUCAGCAUCGGUGAAGCAACAACAGAGUGCACUGAUGGUAGUAUGUAGGAGAAGUAGUUAAGCAUGAGCAGGUUGUAAAUCAGAAUGGUUGUGUCAAUUUAUUUAUGCGAUUAUGUGGUCCUUGAAAGACUUGUGAUGGAAUGAAGUUUCCUAAUUUGAGUUCGGCGGGUUUUGUUUGCGAGUGAA